ACUACUACUACAGCAUAUAUAUAACGAGUAUAUUUACGUAAUAGAGGGAAACAAACGACAUUCAUAGUGCAUCUUUCAUUGUGAAGAGACGUUGACGAUUUCGGAUCGUAAAAUGAGUUGCCUGAAAGCGUUCGUUCUCGUGGUGACUACACUACUGGUCAUCAACUACGUAUCAGCUGGGCUGAGUCACGGCAGCUGUCCUGACCAACACAAAGUGUACAACGACAAGCCGAGGUGCCACUCCGACUCUGACUGCCAGAAAUGGGGCAAGGUCUGCUGUCCCAACCAGUACAACACCAAGUCCUGUGUGGACCGCGCGCCUUGGCGUAACACUGCUGACCGGGACUCCCAGAACAAAUAUACUGGGGGUGGUGGUGGCGGCGUCUACUGUGAAGGUGUCAAGUGCAGGCCCUACGAAGUCUGCAAGCCUGACCCCAUCACCAAGAGGCUGAAGUGCCAGCGACCUUGAGUUAUACCAAAAUACUUUAUCGAGUCUUCGCCUACGGGGUCGGUUUAAAGAAAGUUGCAGAUGAGGUUCCCAAGUUCCGAAGCUCCACCACUCCCAGGCGAAACUCAAUAUUACGGUUGAGCUAUACCAAGGCUUGUAUUGUAUGCCUCUGUUUUUUUUUUACUAAUUUUAUAUAAAAAGAAAUUGUUUUA